AUGGCUAUACCUAGUAAAAUUGAUCAAGGGUUUGUAGGAGGCAAAUCACAAGCUUAUAAAAGCAAGUUCAACUGUACAGCUCGAAAGGUCUGCAAAGGUUAUCGGUUGAACGAGGGAACGGGAACCCCUAAUUCCUGGAGGUCUUCGGACACCCCGGACGACCGAUCUCUCUCCUUGUCACCCACGAGCUGCGCCACACCCUCGGACCCAGAUGUCGAUUUCUCCUACACCAUUGGGGUUACGGAAAGCACACCCUACGCAUGCCACUUUUGUGAAAAAGCCUUCCCUCGUCUCAGCUAUCUAAAAAGGCACGAGCAAAUUCACAGUGACCAAAUGCCGUUCAAAUGUGAUUAUUGCCAGCGACUUUUUAAACAUAAACGUAGUCGUGAUCGGCACAUCAAGCUCCAUACAGGGGACAAAAAAUACCGCUGUCCGCAUUGUGAGUCCGCAUUUUCCAGGAGUGACCAUUUAAAGAUUCACAUGAAGACACAUGACCAUGCCAAGCCAUUUCAGUGUACGGUCUGCAAUAGGGGUUACAAUACUGCGGCUGCGCUGACUUCACAUAUGCAAAACCACAAAAAGGUGUCCACUAACACUUCCUCUGUAUCUCGUGUCCAGUCACAGUCAUUUCGAUGUCUCCAGUGUUCCACGUGCUUCGCUUCCGCCAAGGAUCUCCAGAAUCACAUCGAGACCCAUUGCGAUCAUAACAUAUCAUCGAAUGACACCAGGCGUCCUGUGCACCAAGAACUUUUUCCCACUUUGCAGGGUUUGGGUGAUCACAAGAUUAAUGCUGAUGUUGGGGUGGAGGACAUUAGUGGAAGCGUUGAAGUAAAGAAAAAUUACAACAAAGUCCUCUGUGGCUUCUGCACGAAAGAUGGUUUUUCCACAUUAGAGGCUCUACAGCUGCACGUGCAAGCAGAGCACAUACCAACAAAAAUUGGGCAACUUCUGUUGAAUUCCUCGACGCUUUUCAGCCUGUCGUCCUUUGCGAUAUCUUUGCAGCAACAGAGUACAGUAUGUAAUAACAACGGCAGCUUUUCCUGUGAAUAUUGUAACACGAAAUUCAGCAACAUUCACAGUCUCCAAAAACACACACUCUCAGUUCACACUUUUACUGAUAAAGUACAAGAAAACCUUUCUUGCUCGGAAUGCAGUUCUCUUUCAGAACAUUUGAAAACUGCCCACGAUGAAAGAAACGGCAACCAACCUGCAAGCAAUCGGGGAACGUCUACUAACGCCAGCAGUGAAAGGCUUGAUAAUUUUUCUAUGAAUGAGAAGUUGGAUUCUCUUAAAGACUCGAAAAUCAACGGAACCGUUCCACUUUUUUCUGCGACUGGUCCCUUUCUGUGUAGUCAGUGCAGUGCUGUAUUUCCGGACUUCGAAUCAUUUCGUACUCACCUGAAAAUUCACCUGGACGCGGUGGUUAAAAGAUAUUCCUGCAGCGAAUGCGAUGCUGAGUUUCACAGCGAAGAACAUCUCGAUAUACAUUACGUAACCCAUUUUCUGGCAACCAUUACCGAAUACGGCUGCCGAUGUUGUUUUAAAGUUUUUACUCAACCGGAUGAAUUGCAAAAACACCUGAUGAACACCCACGCGCAUCAGCUUUAUAGGUGUUCUCUCUGUAAGGACCUAUUCGACUCCAAGGUUAACAUUCAGGUUCACUUUGCCAUGAAACAUAGCAAUGAAUGUUGCCUGUUUCAGUGUACGUCUUGUAAAGUGGCUUUUCGCUCAGAAGUGGAGUUCCAACUGCACGUGAAAGUCACGCAUCUGUUAAAAAUUCACCCUUUCCGCUGCUUGCUUUGUGAUCAAUGUUUCCCCACCGAAUUUCAACUUCGUUAUCACAUGAACGCUCACCAAAAGCAGUUUGCCUGUGCGUUAUGUGAUGAAGCUUUUCACGUUGAAUUUCUCUUAGACAAACAUGUUCAGACUUGUCACUACGAAGCCGUUAACGACUCUUUCGUGGGCACUGUGUCUAACCAGUCGUCCAUCUCUGCUGAUGGUGUUCAAAAUCUCAGCCUUAAACCAUCUAAUGGUGGGGAACCACUGGUGCCCUCUGUCCACCGUAGAAAAGACUUAAGAUGCGAAAUUUGCGACUGUGCUUUUUCCACAGAAAUUCACCUGAGCGUCCAUCAUCGACAAAUUCAUAACUUUCGAAUCUCCAGUUCUAGAAAUGCAGGACCAACAGCGUUAAAUUUGUUUUGUGCAUAUUGUAACGAAUCUUGCAAAUCUCGGGCAGAACUGGAAAACCACACAAAGGCACAUACGAUGAAGCCCUCCAAGAACAAAUGUAAUAUUUGUGAUGAGGUUUGCCCCACUGCCGUAACCCUAGCAGAACACAAACUGAAUCACUGCAAAGUGCUGACUGCAAGCACAUGUAUUUGUUGCAGAAAAACUCUACAGAAUGAAGAAGAGUAUUAUGGUCAUUCCCAGCUGCAUAACACCAAUGGAUUCCCUGUUCCGUGUGUUAUAUGUAGACAGAGUCUAAUGUCAGAUAUGGAAAUUCAAGUUCAUGCCAGGUUUCACCUUAAAAAUUGUGAUCCUGUUCAUCCUUGUUGCGUCUGCGCGAAACAGUUUGAAGUCACCAAUCUCGUCAUCACAGGAAUACAAGACAAAAGGCACAUCUACAUGUGUAAAGUUUGUUUUCAUGCUAGAAGUGAGGACAUGCGUUGUCCAGAAUGCAAGGUGAAGUUCGAUACCUUAAUAGCUCUAGACAGACAUAAGUUAAUCCAUAAGAAGACAUACCAGUGUAUUAAGUGUCAAAUGUCAUUCGAAAGUGAGACAGAAAUCCAAGCUCACGUGACGUCACACAUGAUCCAAGAAGGGACCAGCCAUGAAUGUAAAUUGUGUAAUACAGUGUUUGAAUCCCCAGCUAAGCUUCAAUGUCAUCUGAUUGAACAUACAUUUGAGGGUUGCAGCUGUUACAUGUGUUACAUGUGUAGUGCAGUGUUUACAGCCCCGCACUUGAUACAGCAACACAUGUUAGAACAUGGACUCGGUUCUCGACCUUAUGACUGUGCUCGUUGUCACCAGAAGUUUUUUUUCCGUGCUGAGUUAGAAAACCACUCCUACAUACACGAGAGCAACACUGCUGAUGAGAAGCAACCAAACCAUCUAGACUGUAGCAAAGCAUUCAACAAGACAGUUGAUCUUAAUAAUCACUACAAAAUCUACCAGGACAAGAAUGACACUUUAAAAUGUUCGAUGUGUCCAAAACUGUUUCACAAUUCCGCUGACAUGCAACAACACUAUUUUCGAUGUCAUGACGAUAAGGAACUUAGAGAUGGCAAAAAAUCCUUUCCCUGCACGGAGUGCGGAAAGGUAUUUCCAUGCCUCAGUAAUCUCCAAGGUCACACAAGGAUCCACGCCCAGGGAACAAAGUACACUUGCCCAGAAUGUAAAAAGGAGUUUGCCCUUUCUCGGAAUCUCAAUAUCCACAUGCGCUCUCAUAGCGGGGAGAAACCCUACGAAUGCCCCAUUUGUAAAAAACGCUUUGCUCGCAAGGAAAAUCGAAAGGCCCACCUACGAUCUCACACUGGUCUCAAACCUUUCAUGUGUCCCCACUGUGGGAAAGAUUUCUCUCGCAAAUGUCAUGUCAAGGAGCACAUGCGCAUUCAUAUUACUUCCACCAAUUUUCCGUGUGAGCUUUGCAGUGAAACGUUUUGUUCGCUCAAGCAGAUGAAGCGCCAUCUUGUGAAUGACCACCACAAACAGUACGAUCAUGUAUGUCAUGUGUGUGGAGAUGUUUUCAGCCAAUCAAAAAGCCUUGAAGACCACGUGCAAAAGGAUCACGACGUAACGAAUUCAAAUACUGAGAAUGAUGUAUCUGAAGACUUGACCGAGUUUUCGCCUAUUCGAAGUUCUACUUCAGAAGACAUAACAGAUAUUGAAGGAAACGAGACAAGUAACCUAGUAGAAAUAUGUGAUCCCAAAAAAUCUCCACCUAUAACAGCACAGGACAAUGUCGCUCUUCCACCAGAGGUCGCGGCGUAG